GUUCGACAAGUUCAAGUUUCUAAAUAAUAAUAAAUUUCCAAAAAAAAUGUCACGUCCCAGUUAUGAAAAUUUCGUCGCGGAACGAGAAUCAAUCCUAGCUGAGGAAGCUAAACGUUAUCUUGGCUCCGAUUUGGAAUUAUCUCCCAAAGAAAAAGUUGUGAACGAGAUUUUAAAACGUGAGAAAAAUUUAGAGCUCGUGAAGGGAUUUGCGGAUCCGGGAUCUUUUGCUCCAGCAAAACACUUUUUUGACGCCUUAGACGAUGUGAAAGCCUCAAAAGUGUUUAAAAUCCUCCGAAAAAUGCCAAAAUUCGGCGUUUUGCAUUGCCACGAUACAGCCUUGCUCAGCACUGAUAAGAUUGUGGCCUUCACUUAUCGCGCUAAUCUCUGGAUUUGUGGCGAUUUGUUCACGAGUGUUCCACGUUUUUUGUUUUCGCGCGAAAAACCUGCCGAUGGUAGCUGGGUAAAAGUGGCGGACGAGCGAGAGAAAUUUGGCGCCACUCGAUAUGAUGCCGCCAUGCGAUCACUUUUUACGCUUUACGCGCCUGACGCGGUGCAAAAAUAUCGCGACAUUAACGCCAUGUGGUCAAAGUUUAUGGAGCUCUUUGCUGCCUUGGACCCGAUUGUGGGGUACGUUGAGAUAUGGAAAGAUUACUAUUACGAAACUUUGAAGGAGUUUUAUGAAGAUGGCGUUCAAUAUUUGGAGUUCCGAGGACUGUUACCUGAACUCUACGACCUUGACGGGAAUAAAUACGAAGCUCUCGACAUCGCUGGGAUGUACGUUGAAGUCCUUGAAAAAUUCAAAGCGGAAAAUCCAGGAUUUGUGGGCUCAAAAUUUAUCUAUGCUCCUUUGCGAUUUGCUGAUAAUGCAGUUUUUGAGAGAUAUUUGCAGACAUAUCGCGCGUUAAAAGCGAAAUUUCCCGAUUUUAUCGCAGGAUUCGAUUUGGUUGGGCAAGAAGACACCGCAUUUCCACUUAAGGGCUUCGCCGAUCACUGGUUGAAAGACGGACAUGGCAUUCCUUGCAUUUUUCACGCUGGCGAAACGAACUGGAAUGGAAUGGACACCGACGAAAACUUAGUUGAUGCGAUUCUUUUGGGAACGAAACGUAUCGGACAUGGCUUUGCCGCUGUCAAACAUCCACGAGUCUUGGAGGAGCUCAAAAAACGUGACAUUUGUGUGGAAGUUAAUCCAGUGUCGAAUCAAGUACUGAAAUUAGUUGAUGAUUAUAGAAAUCAUCCAGCGGCGAUACUUUUCAGUGAUAAUUAUCCCGUGGUAGUGUCGAGUGAUGAUCCCUCGUUUUGGGAAGCGACCCCGUUGAGUCACGAUUUUUACAUGGCUUUCGUUGGAAUUGCUUCGAAACACGCCGAUCUAAAGUUUUUGAAGAAAUUGGCGAUGAAUUCGAUUAAAUACAGUUCGUUAAGUGACACAGAACAAAAAGAGGGAACCAAAAAGUGGCAAGAAGCAUGGGAUAAAUUUUUGGAUGACGUAAUCGAGGCCGAUAAGAAAGGCCUGUAAUCGAUAAUUAAGUUCAAAAUGAGGCAACGAAACGUACUUAAUAUAUUUUUGUAUUUUUUUUUAUCAGAUAAAGAUUUUUUUUAUUCGGAACAAUAAAUUUUGAUAUUGAAGCAACACGUGAUACUUUAUGUGACUUUAUCUUUUCCGAUUCAUUCCCGGAUUUCAAAAUAAUACCUAAAUAAAUUAAAUAAAAAAUUAAUU